AUGGAUAAAAAUAUGCACAAACGUUCCAUUUUUGAUGUAUAUUCCUCAGAAGAGGAGGAGAUUUCAGAUGUUAACAAGCUACAAGAAGAUUUUGAGAGUGAAAGCACUUUGUCAAGUUCAAGUAUUGAAGAUUCUAACAAAAAAUGUGCAAUACUUGGUUUAGAAAAAGGUGAUACAUUUGAAGAUUGGGAAUUAGCUGAAAAACAAGUUAAAAUUUAUUCAAAGGUAGUUGGAUUUGGAGUUGUAAAACAUCGUCUUGAAAAAAAUAGUCAUGGUGAAGUUAUACGUCGAACUUUUGAGUGCCAAAAUUCAGGUGAAUAUUGCGCAAAGAAAAGAGCUGAUAUAGAAGAAACCCGUGAACGGGAUAGUGUGAAGAUAAAAUGCUCAUGGAAGGUUAAUCUUAACUAUAAUAAAGGUAUUAUACGAAUUACUUCUAUACACAAAGAACACAAUCACCCACUAUAUGGAAACGGGAAUAGAAACAUAACAUUAGAUCGCUGUCUCAACCCAGAAAUGCUUGAAGAAAUAGAAUUUCUUGUUAAUAUUGGCUGUGGAGCAGGUGUACAAUCGACGCAACGUGUCGAAAGUUACAAUGCAUUAAUUAAAAAAUCCGUUGGAAGAUCCACAACAUUAUACGAACUAGAUACUCAAAUUCAAUUACAGCUUGAUAAGGAAGAAAAAUUUGAGCGGCUGGAAGAACAAAUUAAUCAAAAUCCAAGAGUUGGUUUACCUAAUAUUAUUGAAAGAUAUUUCAAGCGAGUUGAUAGUAUCAUCAAAAAAUAUCUUACGCCACAUGUUUUAAAAAUGCAACGUCACCAGAUGAAUGAAAGCUUACUUUACCGUGUGAAAAAAAUUGAGAACUGGGAACUUUUACUUGAACAUAAGGCUUAUGAUUUUGAUGAAAAAACAAAUAGUACAUCUAGUCGAAACGAAAAUCAAGAAUAUAAUGAACGAUCUAAAGAAGAGCGGGAUCAAUAUGAUAAUGAAUGGAAACAGUCUAAUCAGAAACAAUUUGACGAUAAUGAAUAUGUACGAUGUGAUGAUGAUGAAUGGAAACGCUCUGAUGAUAAAGAGCAAGAACAAGGACGAUUUGACAAUGAAGGAGUUGAGAAAAGUAGAAUGAAACAGAAAGAUAGCAAAGUUAAGUUUGCUGAAGAUGAUUAUGAAUCAAAACUGUCAAACUUACGUUCCUUAAUUUUAUAUCUUGGCCAUACUGUUAUUCAAGAAGUUUGGAGUGUAACAACUAUCGAAAAAAAUAAAGAACAUUUCGUGGUAUUAUAUGGUAAUGCUAAUCAUUUGUGUACAUGCAUGUGGCUCGUAAUAAGAGGGCUUGUUUGCCGUCACUUCUUUUCAGUGAUGUUUAAUUCGGAUAUGGCUAUGUUCCAUAUUGGACUCAUUCCAGCUCGAUGGUAUAAUGAUAUUUUUUCUAGCACUCAAGAAGAACUUGCAAUCGCAAUUUGCAGCAAAAAAAAUGCGCCAGAUGAUGACAAACUUGUAUAUGAACACCAAAUUAGGGUGAAUUUUGAUAUACUAAAUGAAAUUCGUCAUAUGCAACUAUUUUCAGAAACUGUGAAGCAGAAUCUGUCUCAUAAAGCUAAAUAUAAUGAGGGUUUUGGGUAUGCAAAAAAAGCAAUUGGAAUGUCUCUUGAAUUGGGUUGUGAAAACGAAAUAAAUGAGAUUUUGCAAAGCUGGAUAAGAAAAAAAGAAAGAGAAAUUAGUGAUAAGCAGCAGGGAUGUACAAUUGGGUUUAAAGAAAAUCUUCCAAAUAUUAGCAACCCACAUCAGGCGCGUACAAAAGGUGCUCAAAAGAAGCGUGUAAAGAACGCAUUGAAAAACACUACUAUUAAAUACAAUAAUAAUAAGAAUAGACAAGAUAUGAUGAAAUUGAAUGUUAAAGCGCCAAACAAGCAAUCUAGAAGCGAAUUACAACCUGAAAUUCCUAUUCGUCAAACUAAGUACAUAUGUAGUUAUUGUAAAGGUAACGGACAUAAUACCCGUAGUUGUGAACUUAAAAAGAAAGGUGUUAGAGCAAGAACCAAAUAA